AUGAGGUCGCUACGUUUCAUUUCUGCUGAAGCCUUGGUGUCCCAACCUCGGGUGGCCCAGGAGAGCCUGGACCAUAUAGCCUACAACCUCUAUCCACUCCUGUUCAAGGCCAGUUACCUGCUAGAGCAGGCAGAAGUAACCCGUGCUGUGCUGAGUCACUGGCCACUAGAGGAGUUCCGGCUGAUUGUGCUGCUGGGGCCAAACACUGACCAUCCAGAAGACCUGCGUGAUCGUGCCUGCAAGGCCUGCUUAGAGGCCUGUAUGCAGGGCCUUGCUGACCAUGUGCUGCAAAGUAGGAGCAACCGGCUUCGGGUAGCUGAUUUUACAGGCAUCCAGGAUGUACAGGUGCAGCAAUGUCCUUGUGGGAGGGCACUAGGAAGGUGGGGCCGCACUAAGGUGCUGGCCAGCAUCUGCUGCCAGCUCCAAGGACAGCCCUGUACAGCUAGGCACCCUAUUGAAGUCUUUGCUGACCUCUUUGUCACUGAAGGCAACUUUGACAUGGUAGUGCAGGCCUUGAAGCCAGCAGGCCCGGCCCCUCUGCAGGUCUGCUGCCCUUCACUCCGGGCAGAUAGCCUGAGCCCUGGGCAGCUCCUACAAGUGCUCAGCCUAGCUAGGCCAAGCAAGCUAAGAAAGUUGGAGGUAGUUCAUAAUGUACGAUUGCAUGCUGGCCAUGUACAGCAGCUGCUGGCCCAGGUGGGCUUCCCUCAGCUGACCUCACUCACCCUACCCACGAAGGCCUUUGAUGCACCCCCUACCUGUGCCCCAACUCCAGAGGGUGAAGAUCCCCUCCUCACCUCUAUUGCCUGGGAACUCAGCCAGAUGAACAAGCUCACCGAGCUAAGUGUGGCUUUCUCUACACUGACUGGAAAGAUUCGAACACUGCUUAGCCCCUUGAAGACUCCACUAAGAGUGUUGGACCUAGCCAACUGUGCCCUUAAUCAUGAAGACAUGUCCUUCUUAGCAGAUUGUAAGCAUACUGCCCACUUGGAGGUGCUGGACCUCAGUGGACACAACCUGGUCCAUCUGUACCCUUCUACCUUCUUCCGGCUGCUGAGCCAGGCUGCCCAAACACUAAGAGUGCUCACAUUAGAGGAGUGCAACAUCACAGAUAACCAUGUUGGCAUGAUGAUUCUGGGCCUCAGUCCUUGCAACCAGCUUCAGGAGUUCAAGUUCCUUGGAAACCCACUGUCAGCCAGUGCUCUCCAGCGCCUUUUUGCUGCACUCUGCGAACUCCCUAGGCUGCGCCACAUUGAGUUUCCAGUGCCAAAAGACUGCUACCCUGAGGGCACUACCUACCCCCAGGAUGAGCUGUCUGUGUCCAAAUUUGAUCAACAGAAAUAUGACAUGAUUGCAGAGGAUUUGCGAGCAGUACUGCUUCAAGCUAACCGGGAGGACAUCCAGGCCUCCACUCCCCUUUUUGGAAGUUUUGACCCAGACAUUCAUGAAACCAGCAAUGAACUUGGUACUUUCUUGAUGCAAGCUUUCAAAACUGCUUUGGAAAACUUUUCCAGAGCGCUAGAACAAAUGGAGUAG